UCUCUCAUCUAAACCAAUCACAGAGCCUGGAUCACUGAUGGGAAAGAAGGGCAGCACAACUAAUAACUGUUCCUCUGGGUUUUGACCAUCUUCCCUCACACUGAACGUCUGUCAACAACAGCGAAAACAACAUCACUUGCAUGAUUAUUGAUGACAUCGCAGAUUCCCUCACGUAUCCAAGUGCCGCUCGACUGGUGAAAGAUCAACGCAUAGGGGCACUCUUCAGAAGUCUACCUCAAGUUUUCCUGAUUUGGUAACUUGGGCUCUUUUCUUCGGGAGGCGGGAGUGUUUUUUUGUUGUUGAUCUCCCUGGAUGCUGGUUCCUGUCUAGUCCAGUGGCUACCCUAUCAAGACUAACCUUCCACGAAUUGGAAUACAGGGCAUUUUUACUCAUAAUUUCUCCCAGUGGUCAAGCUCCAUCUUCGGAAGCUCCCUGUUCUCCUCUCUGGCGGGAGGUUAGUUGAAGGCGUAGGGUUGUGGAGGUAUGACUGCAUUGGCAGGGGCAAUACCAAGGAUGAUGCGCCCCAUGCUGGCUCAGAACUACCCACACAGUGGCUUCCCACUGGAAGUCUCAACGCCGUUAGGCCAAGGUAGAAUGAACCAGCUCGGGGGAGUUUUCAUAAAUGGCAGACCUUUGCCCAACCAUAUCCGCCAUAAGAUCGUCGAAAUGGCCCACCAUGGCAUCAGGCCAUGCGUAAUCUCCCGUCAGCUACGAGUCUCUCACGGUUGCGUUUCCAAAAUCCUCUGCCGGUACCAGGAGACCGGCUCCAUCCGACCCGGGGCCAUCGGGGGAAGCAAACCCAAGCAGGGGACGACACCUGAUGUUGAGAAGAGAAUAGAGGAGUACAAGCGGGACAACCCGGGUAUGUUUAGCUGGGAGAUUCGGGAUAAAUUACUGAUGGAUGGGAUAUGUGACCGGAACACCGUUCCAUCAGUGAGCUCUAUCAGUCGCAUCAUGAGGAGUAAAUUCGGAGGGAAGGGAGAUGACGACGAUGAUGAAGAUGAAAUCGAGAAAAAGGAAUUAGAAGAACACGAACGGCGGGCCAAACACAGCAUCGAGGGCAUCUUAGGAGACCGAUCGAGCCACUCAGAUGAGGGGUCGGACGUGGAGUCAGAACCGGACCUGCCUCUGAAGAGGAAGCAGCGCCGCAGUAGAACCACCUUCACGGCUGAACAGUUGGAUGAGCUGGAGAGAGCCUUCGAACGAACACACUACCCUGACAUCUACACGAGGGAAGAGCUUGCUCAGAGGGCCAAACUCACAGAGGCCAGAGUACAGGUGUGGUUCAGUAACAGAAGAGCCCGAUGGAGGAAGCAGGCUGGAGCUAGUCAGCUCAUGGCCUUCAAUCACCUGAUCCCUGGGGGUUUCCCGCCCUCUGCCAUGUCCAGUCUCUCACCUUAUCAGCUGUCUGACAGCCCGUAUCCCCCUACAUCCAUAUCACAAGCGGUGUCGGAGCAGCCCAGCACCCUGCAUCGGCCCCAGCCCCUGCCACCCUCCUCAGGCCACCACCAGAGCUCAGGUGGGGGAGGGCAGGAUGUGGGGUCGGCCUACUGCCUGGCCACUGGACGCCACGGCUUCUCAGGCUACUCGGACAACUUUGUCACGUCGGGAGGCCCUCCCAGCUCCCAGAACCCAUCCAACGGCAAUGGCCUCUCUUCCCAGGUGAUGGGUCUGUUGAACCCAGGCGGGGUGCCCCACCAGCCCCAGAGUGACUACGCCCUCUCCCCCCUGACAGGAGGCCUGGAGCCCCCCGGGGGCAUGGGGGCCAGCUGCUCCCAGCGUCUGGAGCACCUCAAGGGUCUGGAGGGCCUGUCCAGUGUCCCCAACAUCCCCAGUCUCCCCUCGCUGCCCAACUCCCAGUCCUACUGCCCGUCCUCCUACAGCGCUCCUGCCUACAGCGUGGACCCUGUGGCCUCCUACCAGUAUGGGCAGUACCACGGACAAAGUAAGGUGCCCUUCAUUAUCUGAGACCUGAGAUCACCUGAGGAUCUGCCCAUCUAAGAACCCCCCCCCCCCCUCCACCUCUGGCCCAGCCCAGUCUCCACCUCCACCUCUGGCCCAGCCCAGUCUCCACCUCCACCUCCGGCCCAACCCAGUCUCCACCUCCACCUCCGGCCCAGCCCAGUCUCCACCUCCACCUCUGGCCCAAACCAGUCUCCACCUCUACCUCCGGCCCAACCCAGUCUCCACCUCCACCUCCGUCCCAACCAAGUCUCCACCUCCACCUCUGGCCCAACCCAGUCUCCACCUCCACCUCUGGCCCAAACCAGUCUCCACCUCUACCUCCGUCCCAACCCAGUCUCCACCUCCACCUCUGGCCCAAACCAGUCUCCACCUCCACCUCUGGCCCAAACCAGUCUCCACCUCUACCUCCGGCCCAACCCAGUCUCCACCUCCACCUCCGGCCCAACCCAGUCUCCACCUCCUCCUCCGGCCCAGCCCAGUCUCCACCACCACCUCUGGCCUAGCCCAGUCUCCACCUCUGACCCAUCCCAGUCUCCUCCUCUGGCCAAGCCCAGUCUCCUCCUCCGGCCAAGCCCAGUCUCCAACUCCGGCCCAGCCCAGUCUCCACCUCCAGCCUAGUCUCGGUUGAGGGACGUGUGUACUGUACUGUAUAUGUUGAGACUGAGGGGGCUCUUCAAGUAAUCAGGACCAAAAGCUUCCUCCACUAUCCCUGGCUACCUAUUUCCUCACCCAGGCACUUCCACUCAACAAUGAUCUGGUCCUUCAGGCUUGAUGAAAGUAAUGGAAGAGAGACUAAAGUUAAAGGACAUUGAUAGAGAGGAAUUUAAGGCCCAAACAAUGAAACACAUGAACUUAGAUUAAUGUAUGUUGAUGACUGACAGAGAUGACACUGGGUACAUUCCCUUGGCUGUGAUGUGGUCUACCCCACAUUGGGCGCCAACUAUGACCAGGAAAACCGUGGAAGACUAAUCCACACAGACCCACAGCACAGCCCAGGGGUGGAGGCCCGGUUGGGGUAAAACAUCCUUAAGUCAGGCCUGUGGAAGAGCACAACCAGACUGUAUAGUAACAGACUCACUAGUGGCUUUAGAGCUGUGAACCUGUUUACAUGUUUGUCGUAGGGCCAAAGGAAUACAGAUUCAUUCUAUUUAUCUCUGAAUGAAGGCUACUUGAGGGAAAAAAUAACAGGCUUUUAUUUGACGUUGCAUUUAUUUGAUAUGUUUUGUUCCAGAAGAUUCCUUCCCACACAAAGAGUGAAAAGAACACAACAUUCCAGCCAUAGACUGAGGAACAAACAAACAAACAAACAAGGAAAUGUGUAGAAAAUAAACAUGUCAAUCAAAGAAAGAGGAAGCUUUGAGACAUCAUCAUAAACAGACCUGCAAUGUAUACUACAGCUGUUCCGUUCCCUUCAUGAUGUUAAAUGCUCAGUGUUCUAAAACAAUCCAUUGAACUCUCACUGUGUUCUGUUGAUAACUCUGAUCUCUUGUAGCUUUAGAAGUAUUCCUAGGGGUCAGGGGUGACUUCGGGGAAAGUCCCAGGUGAAGGAGGAGGAUGAAGGAGGGGGGAUUCAGGAGUUCUGAUGGGUGACAGGGCUGAUCCAUCAAGGGGUGCAGUUCCCCCUCAUAGAGGCCUAUUAGGGCACGAGACUCACGACCAAGAGACACAUGAGAAACCAGGACCACCUCACCACAGACCAACCCAGCUGACCAGAAGUGCAAUAUCAUGUACCUCAGAGUCAACGAUGCCACCAAACAGAUGAAACAAAAAGAUCUUGUGUCUUAAGAACUUUCUGUAAAACAUUUGAAUGAUGUUUGAGUCAUUGGUUAUUACAUGUGCCUACUUAGGCUUCCAGGUCCAAAACAAAAAAACAACAACAUUGUCAGUAUGACAGCAAAGCCACAGGGAAAGGUGGGAUGCACAUUGUGAACCAUUGAUGUCAUUCCAAGCCCAUGUGGAGCAGAUUGAUUCAAGGGGAAAAAAAGAAGUCAACAAAAUAAACUUAUGAAGAAUUACAAAGCCAAAUUAUUUCAUACAUUUUUUUGCUUGUGUCUUUUUGUUUCUCUUGUGUUGUUUUACAUCAUUUCCUUAUUUAUUCUCUCUAAAGUAUCUUAACAAUUCUGCAACAUUAUUUUUAAACUUUCUGCAAGGUUUUCGUCAAAUUACUACAUCACAUACCUUAUAGGAACACUGUGUCCGUCUGUUCACUAAAUGGUAGCUGGAUGUCUCAACAGAUCAAAGGUUGCCACAAGCACUCAUCGCUCAAUUGUACAUUUGUCUGUAACAGAAAGAAAAGUGUUUUUUCUUUCCAAUGGUUUCUUUCAUUUUUAUAUAUUUUUUGUAUUAUUUGACAGAAUGAUAUGGUGCAAUGUCUUGUGUACAAGCUCACUAUUUAUAAUAAAAAAUGAAAAUACAAUGACUAAAAAUAGUUUUCAUUUUAUUGAAAGUUACACUGUAAUUUCAAGGUAAUUUUGGUCUCAAUGCAAUCUUUGUGUAUGAAAUGUUUGUCAUCA